AUGCCGGCCAGCGCCGCCGCGGGGGUCGCCGCGGAGGGCGAUGAGGAGAAGCCGGCGGGCAGGGAGCUGCUGUACUGCGGCACGACGCGCUUCGACAUCAUGGGCCGGAAGGUGAAGGGCGUCAUGCGGGGCAGCAGAGGCAACCUGGUGUCCCCGGCGCGGCUGCGCCCUCUCGUGGGCGUCGACAUCCGCUUCGUCGCCUCCGGAUGCGCGGCUUGCCACUGUGUUGCGUUGGGUGCUGACGGCCGUUGCUUCACAUGGGGUCGAAAUGAGAAGGGGCAGCUGGGGCAUGGGGACACGCUCAUGCGUAAUCUGCCCGCCGUUGUUUCUGAACUUUCAAAAUACAACAUAAUUUCAGCAGGUGUUGGAAGAAAUCAUACGGUGGUCGUUACUGACGAUGGGAAGUCCUUUGCAUUUGGUGACAACAAACAUGGGCAAUUAGGGACAGGUUCACUAAGGAAAGAAACUGUGGUGUCGCCAGUCCCCUGUCUUGUGACUGAAGCAACUAAUGCGGUCUGUGGUUGUGACUUUACUGUCUGGCUGUCAUCAGUUGAGGGCUCUUCAAUACUCACAGCAGGCCUUCCCCAGUACGGCCAACUUGGUCAUGGAAGCAACAACGAGUAUAACACCAAAGUUUCAUCGGUAAAGCUAUCAUAUGAUCCUCAGCCCCGCCCCAGAGCAGUAGCUACAUUAUCUGGGAAAACUGUUGUCAAAGUUGCAUGUGGAACAAAUCAUACAGUUGCAGUUGAUUCAAGUGGCUUUGUUUACACAUGGGGUUUUGGUGGAUACGGAAGGUUGGGCCACAAUGAACAGAAGGAUGAGUGGCAGCCUCGCCUUGUUCAAAUAUUUCAAAAGAACAAUAUCCUGGGUCCCAACGACAUUAUCUCAGCUGGUUCUGCAAGUUCGGCGUGCACUGCCGGUGGUCGCGGGCAGCUUUACAUGUGGGGAAAACUGAAGAAUUCAGGCGAUGAGUGGAUGUAUCCAAAGCCAGUUACAGAUUUAAGUGGUUGGAACAUCCGCUGUAUGGCUUCUGGUAGCAUGCACCAUACUGUUGGCGCAGAUGAUUCUUGCAUAAGCUGGGGUCAUUCUGAGUAUGGAGAGCUUGGUUAUGGCUCUACGCAAAAGUCAUCUGUAAAUCCUAAAAAGGUUGAUAUUCUUGAAGGAAUGCAUGUUACAAGUGUGGGUUGUGGAGUUGGGAUGUCUCUGAUUGUUGUGGAUAGGGCAAAUGUUGGUGAUAAGAUUGACCAGCUGGAUACUUUUGAUGGGGAUUCUGAUGCUUUGUUUCAAGAGAACCUCUACUUCCCUCCACGUCGAUACAGCAAAGAAGAACAGGAUACAAAUACGAGCCAACAACAUGCAACGCACGAAACAGAAGCAGAGAGGCCGGACAAGGCGACCAAGAAAGCAACUCCUGCCGCCAACUCAAGGCCCAACAAGCGCAAGACUACUGUCGAUCAUCCGAAACCAGAACACAGCACGGAUGGGAGCGGAGAAGAGACCAAGGAGGUGCAGCGUAGCCACGGGACCUCUACUAGAAGAGGCAGAGGCAGGGGAGCCAAGACGGCCGCGACUCCGGAGCCAAUGCCGUCCGGAAGGGGCAGAGGCAGAGGUCGUCCCAAGAAGGGAACUGGAAGCCCCUGA